GCGCCUUUUUAAAGCAGCCACAAAACUUUGGCGCUUCUCAGUUUCUGAAAUUUUCACAAAACCAGAGGGAAGACCAAACGCUUCGUCAACAACAGAUGAUGGACUUCGAUCAACUUCUCGAACUCGACAACGACGACCCAGUUCUCAACCCCCCUACUGCUAAGAAAAGGAAGAAAGUUAUUGGGUUGGAUGAUCUGUUGACUGAUUUCUACAAAGAAGAAGACAAACUUGUUGAAAAGGCAGCCAGAAAAGCAAAGGCAAAGGCGCAGCGGAAGGAUGAUUCAGACGAGGAGGAUCAACACCAAGAGGCUUCCCUCUGUCAACUUGUUGAUACUUGCGAAAACCAGAUAAAAGAUAUAGGUGGCAAGGAGGAUAGCUUUGUGUGGGGGAUAUGUGUUUUCAGAGACCAGAAAUCCCCACCUCCUCUAGCUUUUCCGGAGCUUGAGAGUUGCGCGCUCUUGCAGUCUUUCAUGAACAACAAGCUCAAUUCUGAAUUUCAGAUCUGUUUGGACAACGGGAACACUUUGCUGGAAGGGUUAUUAGUAAAUGGCUGGCUUUCAAAUGUAGUUUUUGCUAAGGGUCAUGUGGAAAAGUCUGUAGCCAUGUGGACCUUUAAUUUGAUGGCUUAUUCAUCAAUAGAAGAGUUGAGGACAUCUGCGUGUGACUUCUGGUGUGCUAUUCUUUCAUCCAAAAAUGAGCCGGUUACAAUUGAUUGGUUCGCUAGCUAUUCUGAGUUAAAAGUGGCUCUUGAAAACUAUGGUUUUCUGUUCAACUUUUCAAAUAUGGAAAAUGUUUAUUCCAAUUCUGUUCGUCAAGGUCCAGCCCAGAACAUUAGAGCGUGGAUCAAAUAUGUAACUACUGCUUGUCAAGUGAGGAGCAAAAAAGCUAUAUAUUUGACCUCAGAAGCAGAAGAGUUGAUGGAAGUUAUAAUUUAUCUGUUUCUAGACCGCCAGCUUCAAGGUCUGUUUGUGCUUCUGCAUGAAUGCAUGCAGUCAGCCAUCAGUUACUUCACAGAAGAUGAAUGGCAAUCUAGCUGUGAGAAGAUAGCAAAAUCUCUUGCUUGCAGAAUCCCCAAGGAUGUGAACUGCUUAAGAAUUGUAGAAUGCAUUUCGGGAGCCAAGACUCGCAGCAAGCUGUUUAGAAGUGUGGUUGCCUAUCAAAUCCUUCAUAGUUGCUUUGAUUAUAAGGCCCGGGAUGAAGUAGAGAUCCUAAAUUUGUUAAUCUCAGUUAAUGUGAAAGAGAAAAACUGUGAUUUCUUCAAGCUGUAUGUAUACUUGGUGUUGACCGAGAAUUGGCUCUUGUCUAAUCAAGAGAAUCGAGUCUUGAUUGAAAUGUGGCGUCUGUACUUACGAAACUGUUCUUGCCUGAUCGCCAGUACAGAUUUGAGAUCCUUUGCCUCAAAGGCCCGUAAUAAGGCUUCAUAUCUUCUGCAAGGCACCAUCACCCAAUGAAUUAUGGGAAGUUGAAACAAAACGCGGUGAUGGGAGGAAGCAGGUCGAACAUCCCUUGAUUUGUUGAAGCGGGUGAAUUGCUUAUGACUGGGAGCUGUGUUCAAGACUAGCCCUCUGUUUUUUUUUUUUUAGGAUGAACGCGUGCGAUCCGGACAUACUUUGAACCAUAGCGGGGGUUUUGCCUGUAGUAGUAUAUAGAAAUGUUCGUUUUAUGUAUUUGGUCAAUUUUGUAAAUGUAUGAUACUAGUUUGACAAAUGCAGAGUAGAGUAAGAAAGGCUUAUUCC